AUGGAUAGCAAAACACUUUCUUCCCGCCUUCGUGAGCUGGUCAAGUUCCUGGCCACGGUAAAGGGCGAUCUCGCCAACGUCACCGGACCUCCUUCCCUCCUGGCCCCGUCCUCCGUGGUCGAGGUAGGCCACUGCUGGGCGCAGCGCCCGUCCGUAUUCUCGGCGCCCGCCCGUGAACCCAGCCCCGAGAAACGCAGCCUGCUUGUCCUGCGCUGGUUCCUCAUUGCCCUGCGCAGCCAGCUGUACAUUGGCGUGCCCGACUCAGCGUCAGCCAGCGCCAGCGGCUCCAAAAAGACGGCCUCGAUCCGCAAACCCCUAAACGCCUUUCUAGGCGAGCUUUUCCUCGCCUCGUGGAGCGACGAGGCGACCAAGUCCAAGACGGAGCUUGUCGCAGAACAGGUCUCGCACCACCCGCCCAUCACGGCCAUGCACGUCGUCGACCGCGCCCACGGCGUCCGCGCCGACGGCUACGCCCGCGUCGAAAUGACCUUCAACGGCAACGUCAAUAUCCGGCAGGUUGGCCACGCCACGCUGCACGUAGACCGCUACGACGAAGACCAUUUGAUUCCCCUGCCGGACGUAAAGGUCCGCGGCUUCGUGUCCGGCUGCUUGUAUCCCGAGAUCACCGGGACCUAUCACCUUGUGUCGAGCGCCGGGUUCGUGACCGAGCUGAGAUUCUGGGGCGAGGGCAUGCUCCGUGGGAAAAAGAACUCGUUUGACGGGAGGAUCUACAGGCGGGACGAUCCCGCCAAGACAAGUAUCUACCAGGUUGAGGGUGUUUGGAGCGAGGGGUGGACAGUCAGAGACUCAGUGACUGGGGAGCUGUUGGAAAGUUACAAGGUGGAUGCGGCCGAGAACGAGCCCGUGCCGAUGGAUAUCCUUCCUAUCGAAGAGCAGGAUCCAUGGGAAUCCCGCAAGGCCUGGCGCAGCGUGCUGCACGGGCUAACGGUUGGCGACAUGCGCAUGGUGGUGGAGGAGAAGUCCAAGAUUGAGCAGGCCCAAAGGCAAAUGCGAGCCAGCGAGGCGGCCAGGGGUAAGACCUGGGAGCCCCUGCUGUUCCGAUCACAGAGUGGGGAAGCCCACGAGGUUUUCCAUCGGCUUUCGAAGGGCAUCAUGGGGUGGGACUUGCAACAAGAGAAGACAAAGGGGGUGUGGAAGGUGGAUGAUGCGCGGAUGGCCAAUCUGCAACGACCGUUUAGAGCUGGACUCACUCCGUUUGGGUAUUGA